UAAGUUAAGACACUUCUUGUCAGACCCAUGUACAAAAUUGAUACAAGGUCAGUGAGUCUCUCUCGUUGAUGAUUAGCUUGGUAAUAUCCUAGAGAACAAUAUGUGAAAUGUGUUCGCAAUAACUUUUUAUUUUUCAGAAUAUUCAAGCAAACAGUUGAAAGAAUAAGAAAAUUAAUUCUGGUGAGAGGGUGGUGAGAGAUCCUAGAGAGUAUCGAGAGAGAUACUGAUAGAUUCAAGAGAUACCAAGCUUCAGAGAGAUACAAAGAGUUCGAGAGAUACACUUGAACUAUAAAGAUAUAGCCGGAAGAGAGCUUAAAGUUCUUAGAUAAACUAGAGAUAAAAAUCAAAAGACAAAUUUGUUAAGAUUGAGUUCGUAAAGUAGAAAGAGGUGAGUUUUAGAGAUUUGAGCUUAUAAAAGAGAUAGUUAGAAUGCCUAGGCAAACUAGUGAAGAGGAUGCGCAUAAGCGUAUGUUUAUCGGAAAGCUCAAUCCGAAUACGGAUGAUACCGCGCUCAGAAAUUAUUUCGGUAAUUUCGGCGACAUUGUGGAUUAUAUCAUCAUGAGGUAUCCGGAUACAAAAAGAUCUAAAUGCUUCGGGUUUGUCACGUUUCGUGAUAUCCGGUGUUUCGAACAUGUACUGGAGACGCAGCCCCAUUAUGUAGAAGGAGCGCUUGUAGAGUUGAAAAGAGCAGUCCCUAGGGAUGAAAUGCCGGGAAGGGAAGGACGGGAGAACUUCAAGCGUGGAGGUCAGACUGGAUCUAUGUCUGGACGCCUCUUUGUGGGUCGACUCAACUACGAUACUAAUGAUACAGUACUCAGAGCUUACUUUGAAAGGUUUGGAGAGUUGACCGAUAACGUGAUUAUGCGGUAUCCGGACACUAAGCGGUCAAAGGGGUUCGGAUUCGUUACAUUCAAAGACCCGAAAUGUCUGGAGGACUGUAUAAACUCUCAACCUCAUGUUAUUGAUGGAAAAGAAGUCGAGCUUCAACGUGCAACUCCAAAGGAGGAUAGAGGGGGUGGGGGACCUAUAAAGCCCAACUACAGGGGACGGGAGAACGAAAUGCCCGUUGGAGAGGCCCUGGACCCCGAGCAUAAGCUCUUAAGGAAGCUGUUUAUUGGGAACAUGAAUUAUAGCACGACAGAGGCUGAGCUGCAAGAAUAUUUUGAAAGGUAUGGAAAGCUGGAGGAGUGUAGUUUAAUGAAGUUUAAUGACACUGGCAGGUCUAGAGGGUUCGCCUUCCUCACCUUUGAGAAGGCGUUUAUGGUGGAUGAUUGCCAGCGCGCACGUCCUCAUGAACUAGGGGGGAAAGAGCUUGAAGUAAAGCGCGCAGCUCCAAAGCAUGGUGCACGAGAUGCUGAAGCUCUGGCUAACAUUAAAAAACUAUGGAUCGGCGGGAUGGACGAUUCUAUAUCAGACGAUGAUCUCAGGGACUAUCUCAGCGAUUUCGGUGAGGUGAUUUCUGUGAGCCAAGUGAAGUGUCAUGAUACAGGGAAGAAACGUGGAUUUGGAUUUGUAGAAUUUGAUGAUCAUGACCCGGUAGAUAAGGUAAACAGGAUUAUACAGUUUUAAGAUGAUUUUAAAAUAUGGGGAAAUUG